AUGAUGCCCUUGAUUUUCGCACAGAUUCAUCUACUGCUUCGCUACGAUCCUAAGACGACCUGGCUGCUGCGCGCUUCCCUCAUUCCCUUUGUUAUGCUCCUCUCUUUAAGGUCAGCAUACGCCUACUACUACAUGGUCGACGGCGAAGGACAGCUCGACGGUAGGUGCCAAUCAGUCAACGUCACACUCGGAUGUGCUGCCAUCGUUGCUAUCAUCCGAUCUCUCGAAUUUGGCUUGGCCACGCAAAGGCCUCGACUCAAGACUCGUGAGGUCGCGAACAAUGGCAACCGCACUAGCACCAACAAUGGCAGAGAAAAGGAUGACAGCACGCUCGUGGCUUCAACAGAUCCGCUGCCGACCUUCUUUCCAGGGACUAAUUGCCCUCUCGAACUUGAUCUACUCCUCAAUGUCAGGGCCCUGGGCUGGCAGCACGGUAUCAAGGACGACGCACCUGCGCUCCCGGCGCUCGUCUUCGACUCACGCCAACGAUGGGACUGGAUCCUCAAACGUGCGGUCCUCAUACCGUUCUACUAUCUCGUCUACGACGUCGUCCUUGUUCUGAAUCAAGAGCCGCGGUUCAAUCCCAAUGCGGACAGCAAGGUGGGCGGCAGCAUUUGGAUUCACAGAGAGGGCUCUUUCGGUGUGGCGGGACCCUACUUGAAUUGUCUUGCGUUUGGGACUUCUUUUGUUUGCAUCCAGUACAUGUUGCAUACCAUGCUAGCGAGCAUUUCCGUCGCACUCUUCCACGAUCUACCUUCGAGAUGGAAUCCGCCCAUCAUGAGGUAUCCUUGGCUAUCGACAUCGGUCGCACAUUUCUGGUCGAGACGUUGGCAUCAGACGUUGCGAGUCACUUUUAUGACGGUGGGCUACUGGCCUGUUCGAGCUGCCCUGCUUGGCGUCGCCGGACGUCGCAUCGCCAACAUUGCCGGCAUCUGCGGAGUUUUCCUAGUCUCUGGUAUUAUCCACGAUCUCGGUUCAGCGGCCAUAACACCAGGUUUUGGUAUCACAAAGGUCACCCUCUUCUUUGCGAUUCAACCCGUCGCGAUGUUUGGAGAGCAGAUGUUUGAACGAUGUACUAGGAGAAAGGUCCAUGGUUUUUGGGGCUGGCUCUGGGCUGUCGCUUGGAUUUUGGGUACCGCACCGUUAUUGAUCGAGGUAGGUUUUUACAGAAGAAGGUCUGAGAAGAAUGAAAACUUUACUGACCAGAUGAAUGCGAAUCUUUACUUUUCGUCGGAGCAGGCAUAUAGUAUGGGCGGGAUGAUGGCAAGCAUCCAGUAUGAAGGCAUCACGCGUCGGCCCGUUCGGUUCCUUCUAGAUUGUUGGGACCAAUCGAUCAACGGCGUGUAG